AUGCGCGACCUCGGCAUCGUCGCUGGCGAGGAAAAGACGGGCGAAUUUCUCCAGGUCGUGUCUGGCAACAAGCUCCUCGGCUGGGAUGAGGAGGCCAAGGAGGGCGGGUACUCGUGGGCCCAGUGUUAUGGUGGAUUCCAGUUCGGCGCAUGGGCCGGUCAGCUCGGUGACGGGCGCGCCAUCUCGCUCUUCGAGACCACGAACCCGGCGACCGGGACCCGGUACGAGCUGCAGCUCAAGGGUGCCGGCUUGACGCCCUACUCGAGGCCGCUGACCAGGCAGCUGGCUACGUAUCUUGCCGAAGAGGUCCUUGGUGGGUGGGAGUCGUUGCCGGGAAUGCUUUCGACCCCGGAGAAGCCCUCGGAGAACGAGUCGGCUAGCCGCGGUCUCGACGCCUCCGAGAUUGAGGGUGAGCCUGGCGCGGAAGAGAACCGCUUCGCGAGAUUGUACCGCGAAGUCGCCCGUCUUAAUGCCGAGACCGUUGCCAAGUGGCAAGCCUACGGUUUCAUGAAUGGCGUCCUCAACACGGACAACACAUCCGUCAUGGGCCUAUCGGUUGAUUUUGGCCCAUUCGCCUUUAUGGACAACUUUGACCCUUCCUACACCCCCAACCACGACGACAGCCUCCUACGGUACAGUUACAAGAACCAACCCACCAUUAUCUGGUGGAACUUGGUGCGCUUUGGUGAGGCGCUGGGCGAGCUUAUAGGUGCCGGUGCCGGCGUCGAUGACCCCGUAUAUGUGAAGGAGGGUGUCAAGUCUGAGCAAGAGGCGGAGCUCAUCUCCCGCGCCGAAAAGAUCAUUACGCAAACGGGAGAGGAGUACAAGGCUACAUUUUUACGCGAAUACAAGCGCCUGAUGAGCGCGCGGCUGGGCCUAAAGAAUUAUCGCGACGCCGACUUUGACCAGCUCUUUAGCCCGCUGCUCGACCUCAUGCACGAGUUCGAGCUCGACUUCAACCAGUUCUUCCGGAGGCUCAGCGCACUCCCUCUAAGCGAACUCGAGACUCCCGAGGCGCGCCGGGACAAGGCGGAGGAUGACGCGCGCGUCAAGAUUAGCGAGUGGCUCGACCGUUGGCGCAAGCGCAUCAUCGAGGAUUGGGGUGCCGGCAACGCCGAGGCUGCCCUGCCGGAAGACCGGGACGCACAGCGCACCAAAGCCAUGAAGGCCGUCAACCCCAACUUCACCCCACGCGGCUGGGUCCUCGACGAGGUGAUUCGUCGGGUGGAGAAGGAGGGCGAGAGGGAGGUGCUGCGCCGGGUGAUGCACAUGGCGCUGAAUCCCUUUGAGGAUAGCUGGGCCGGUAAGGAGUUUGAGGGCGUCUUGUACGAGGGAGACGCGGAGGAGGAGGCUAGGUGGACGGGGGAUGUGCCGGAGUUUGUGAGGGCUUUGCAGUGUAGUUGCAGCUCUUGA